AUGGGUGUCGAGCUUGAAACAAUCAAACCAGGAGACGGAGUGAACAAACCAAGAAAAGGACAAACAGUCAGAGUUCACUAUGAAGGCUUCCUCACCAACGGUACCAAAUUCGACUCCAGCAGAGACAGAGGUGAAAUGUUUAGCUUUAAACUCGGUGUUGGUCAAGUUAUCAGAGGUUGGGAUGAAGGAGUUGCUCAGAUGUCAAUUGGCCAAAGAGUACGCAUGACUAUUACCCCUGACUAUGGCUACGGUGCAAGAGGUGCUGGUGGCGUCAUCCCUGGCAAUGCGACUCUCAUCUUCGACGUGGAGCUCUUUAGUUUUAGCUAA